UGGCGCUGCUUCCGCCGCUGUCCGAGGUGCUGAGCGGUCCGGAGUGACUCCGGCUCCCGGGCGCUGUUCGAGGCGCAGGAGGCUCCGGAGUGACUCCGGUUACUCCCCUCAGGCGCUGUCCGAGGUUCUGGCAGGGAAAGGGGGGGCUCCUCGGCGGCCGCGACGGCUAGCCACCCCCUCUGCCCUCCCCUCGCCCUUCCCCAUUGAUUUCCGGAUCAUUAAGUGGUUAAGGCUCUACGAAGCUUCACUAUCGAUUGCUGCCUCCCCACCUCCGGCUGGGAGCGCCCCCCCACACCCCGGACUGCGCCCCCCCCCCCCCCCUCCCCCUCCCGCCAAGCUCCGCACCGCCACCGCUCCGGGCAGAGGGUGGGGUGGCCGGCCGGGCGCGAUGCUGAAGACGGAGCAGCCCUGGAUCUAACGCGCGAAGCCUCGGAGAGCCUUGCAGCAACUGUCCGGAUCCUAGGCUGAACUUUGCUCUUUUAUUAUUAUUUUUUUACCUUUUUAAAUAUUCUUUUUGGUUUAUUUCUUCUUUUAUUUUUUUGCCCUUUUUUUCUUCUCCUCUUGUUGUUGUUAAUUAUCGUUACCGACCCGCUUCCGCCGCGCCCUCCCCGCCAAUGCCCGUGUGAGCGCCGGCACUUCGCGGGGGCCAUGGAGGGCUCCACCGGCUUUGGGAUCGACUCCAUCCUUUCCCACCGAGCCGGCAGCCCGGCCGUGCCCAAAGGGGACCCGCUGGUGAGCGACGGCCGGUCCCCGCUGGAGCUGAGCCCCCGCUCGGAGGGCAGCAGCGGGUGUCCCUCACCCCGUUCGCCGGGCCGCGAGUGCCUGGAGGCGGCGGGGCCGCGGCCGGGCCUGGAUGCGCACCUCCAGCCGGGGCAGGUCUCGGCUCCCUCUCAGUCCCGGACCGUCACCUCCUCCUUCCUCAUCAGAGACAUCCUGGCAGAUUGCAAGCCCCUGGCCGCCUGCGCCCCUUACUCCAGCACCAAUGGACCUCACGGCGGGCAGGAGCCGGCGGGCAGGAUCCCAACCAAACCAGGAGAGGACUUUAGGGAGAAAAUGGAAAAAAACACCAGCAGCUCUUCCUCGGACUCAGAGUACAAAGUGAAAGAAGAAGGGGACCGAGAGAUCUCCAGCUCCCGGGACAGUCCCCCGGUGCGGCUGAAAAAGCCGCGCAAAGCCCGCACCGCCUUCACCGACCAUCAGCUGGCUCAGCUGGAGCGCAGCUUCGAGAGGCAGAAAUACCUGAGCGUGCAGGACAGGAUGGAGCUGGCCGCGUCCCUCAACCUCACCGACACGCAGGUGAAAACGUGGUACCAGAACAGAAGGACCAAGUGGAAAAGACAGACGGCGGUGGGCCUGGAGCUGCUGGCCGAGGCUGGCAACUACUCAGCCCUGCAGAGGAUGUUCCCUUCGCCCUACUUCUACCCGCAGAGUUUGGUCUCCAACCUGGACCCCGGCGCCGCUCUCUACCUGUACCGGGGACCCAGCGCUCCUCCUCCCGCCCUACAGAGACCCUUGGUGCCCCGCAUUCUUAUCCACGGACUGCAGGGAGGUAGCGAGCCCCCGCCGCCCCUGCCCCCGCUGCCCGGCGUCCUGCCCCGGGCUGCUCAGCCCCGGUGAGCUCCGGCCUCUCGGGCAGCCCCACCGGCACCCACCGGGCUACGGGGGGGUGAGGUAGGGCGGCUGUAGGGGGCCAUCCCAGCUGUGGGGCUGCUAGCAAGCGGCAGCCUCCCGCUCAUCCCCAAAUAUAUAUAUAAAUAUAUAUAUUCCCGACA